ACUAUGUGUACAGCGUCGCCGACUUAUGCUGGUGACUGAUUAUUUUAAACUUCCUUAUACAGGUGUGCUGUAAUCUACCUUUGCGCGUGUAGUAGUCUAUCUACGCAUGUCUCAGGAAACAUACAGAACCGUCCAUUGAAGGUAAUCAGAAAUCCCUUAAUUUCUUAAUCAAAAGUCACUGACAAGAACUGCAACAUCUUCAUGGGUGGAGACUGAGAUCAGCAGAGUGAAAGAACAAGAACAAGAACAAGGGAAAAUCAGAAAGUUAAUGUAAGAAUCGGUAAAAUUUCUGUUUGGUUCUCAAGGAUUUCAAGGAAACAGCAGCAGUUAGUGUAACUAAGCAGUUUGACAUCAAAAAUAUUUCAGGAAUACAAUGGUUAAUCUUUGUCAUCAAAAUUUAUUUCUAACACUUUUGCUGGCAAUUGCAGACUGCCAGUUGUCAAUGUUGUCUAGAGAGAGAGAUUACACUAUUUGCAAUAAAAAUCCACUCUACGUAUCCAGAAACUACUGGGGUUAUAUCAAUAUCAACCACAAUAAAUUAGAAGAGUAUGGUAAAUGUACAUUAACGUUGAAGGCCUGUGAAAAAUGUGUGAUCAGCUUGUUCUUACAUGGAGAAGAUGUGAACGGAAUGUGUUCCUCAAAUAUCAUGUGCCCCUGUCAUUUAAGCAGUUUCUCUCCAAAUGUCUAUUCAAGUGAACGCUAUUGCUACAGAAGAAGGUGUCCCCUUAUCAAAAUCGUUGCAACGCCAGCCAACCAGAUGGUACUUGCUCCUUCAUACCAAUCCAACUGCCAGAUUUCUACCAAGUCAUCAGAAAUAUACAUUGAUGUAUGCCAGUCUCAGACUAAUGUUACUGGUGUAAACAUGAUGUAUAAAGUAGACUCAGAUGAGACUACUGGAAUGAUCAGACGGCCUUGGUUUCAUAGAGGAGAAUUUCUAAAUUUUACAAUGUGUAUGCAUUAUGGUGACAGUGCAUUGCAUCUUGGAAUGCAAGGCUAUAUUCAUUUAAGCAACUGCUCCGGAAAAUGUGUGCUAGCUUUGAAUUCUUGCAGCAAUUGUAAAAUACGCUUCUAUAUGGACACCAGUAAUUUGACUGGCAACAAUCAACUCAGAUGUCUGACAAUAAAAAUCAGUGACAAAUUUAAGAGAGGAGAAUAUAUCAGAUUUUCUGCAUUGCAAUCUAAUUAUCUCAACUACACAACUUUCUCCAAAGCAGCCACAUUGGAGAUCUGUCAAGGUAACAUAGAAGGACUGCAACUCAAGAUAUUUUAUGAAGUUAUUGAAAAGUUGGAGACCAAAUUUGCUAGUGCCACUAAUAUAACUCUCCUCCAAAUACCUUCCAACUAUCCACCAAGUGAUGAGAUUUUCAAGUACUAUAUCAAAAAGUCUACCCCCUCUGGUCAUCUUCAGCUAAUCUUGACCAAUUACCUCUGUUGUGCUGACUGCUAUGUCGUCAUUGCAUUUGGAUCCUCAGUAUUUAAUAAUUCUCAAAAAGGUAUACGGAGAGUGUAUACUAGUAAAGAUACCAUCACCGUGAAAUACUUCACUGGCAAGAUUCAACCUGGAUGUGGACUUAAGGCUGAAAUUCGUUAUUUUGAAGAUUUUAACAUAAUUACACCAAAUGCCAAUUGUGGCGCAUAUCAGUUAGUUACAACUUCAGGUCAUUUCCACUUUCAAACUAUUUAUGAUAUUUAUUAUGACUGUGUAUGGGUUUUGGUAUCUAAACCAAGGCAAAAUUUCUUCGAGCAAAUUUACUUCAGUUUGUUUGUAAAUGCUUCACUUUCCAAAGGCAGUCAUGUGGACAUUCACUGUGGAAAUACAUCUGAAGGGCAGAAAUUGGACCUUUUAAAAAAUUCUAAAUAUUACUAUUAUCCUAAUUUAUCUGCUGCUUACAUUCGACUGCAAGGUUUGGUUCGCAACCAAGACAGAUUAAAUAUAUUAUUCAUGGUCCAAAGAAACCAGUGUGCCUUGAACACAUUUCCCUGUAUGAAUGGUGAUUGUAUUCCAAAGAACAUGAGGUGCAACAGGCGCAUUGAUUGCUCUGAUUACUCUGAUGAAAACGGCUGUUCACAUUUUGAAGAUACCAGAAAAUCAUAUCCUUCAUAUUGGAGUUACAGUCUAAUCAUAAUAAUUGUUGUAACAACCUUUAUUAUUCUGUCAUUGUGCUUAUUUUUCAUAUUUGUUUGCAAGAUUCGCAGAAUUCGACAAGCUAACAGACGAAAUUCUGUCAGGGCAAACCACAACCACAUAAGAAUGAAUCUAACGUUUGAAGGUGAGCGAGAUGCACCUCCAGCCUAUGAUGAAGUUAUGACACCAAGCGGUUUACAGGGCAAUUUUAAUUUGGCAUUUAACUGGUCUCACAGUAACAGUAACGAACCCUCAGGAAUGCCACCAACAUAUCAGGAAUAUAUGCAACAAACAUCUGCUACUGAUUGUGUUGAUUCAAGAGGAGGUAAUGAUGAAGCAAGCAGCGAGAACAUAGUGCAACAACCUUUACCAGAGGAGCAGGAAGACAGAUUACAAAGGGAAUCGGGUAAUGGAAAUAAGGACCAAACAGUACCAGUAGCUUUAACAAUAGAUAUAAAUUCAGUUGGAAAUAGUUUAGAAAUUUCCCAACCAGUUUCUGAAGUUAAUGUUAAUUCUAGCAGUUGCUAAUUAUUCCAGUGGCAAUCUGUGUAGUGUACAGGGUGCUGAACAACACAUAACCGACACUGAGAAUUAUAUUAGGAAGCAGUAAACAUGAGCGAAAGACAGAUAGAAGAAUGUAGGAAUGUUGAAAA